AUGCGUGCGGCGGUGCUGCUGCCGCUGCUGCUGCCGGCGGGGCGGCGGGCGGCCCCCUCCUCGGGGCGUUGGGCGCCGCCGGGCGCGGAGGGCGUCCCGGAGGCGGCGGGCUGCGGGGGGGGCCCCGCCUGCCGCCUCCUCGACUGCGCCCGCCGGCCCCGCGCCGCCUGCCGCCUCCCCGCCCUCCGCCGCGCCCAGGCCUUCGGACGGCGGGAUCCGCACCCGCCACCCGGGCCCCCCGCGCCCGCAGAAAAUGAUGAACCCCCACGUAGCAAAGCGGGGCAAGAUGUGGUGGUACAGCUGCCUACGGAUUGGGUAAAAUUGGAUGGUCGGGAAAGCACGGAUGAUCGUGCCAUCGUACGCUACCAGUGGACUUUGCUGCAUGGUGACUCAUCAGUGGAAAUGAAGGUGCCCCAGCCGGGAACACUGAAGCUCUCCCACUUGCAAGAAGGUGUCUACACCUUCCAACUGACUGUGACGGACACCGCUGGUCAGAGGAGCUCAAACAACAUCUCGGUGACUGUCCUCUCGAUGGCACAUUCUGCAGUGGGGUGUUUGAGAGCUUGUUCUCGUUACCACUUCUUCUGUGACGACGGCUGCUGCAUCGAUAUAACACUAGCUUGCGACGGAGAAGAACAGUGCCCCGACGGGUCCGACGAAGGUUUCUGUCAAAACAUUAGCCCUGGACGAAAAACGAUUACUCACAAAGCUGUUAAUCCUGCCCAGCAGAAAACCAUGGGAUUGAUUGAUGGUAUAGAUAGGAACUUCUCUUUGGAAAACAACCAAAAAGCCACAACAAGAAAACAGCCGUUUCUGUCACUUACUGAAGACAAGAGAAACCAAUCAAUCUCUCAGGGACCAAAGAAUCGAAUGACUGCUUUUGUGCCAGGAGCAGUUUCGCAACAGACUGCCGCAGAGCCAUCCAGCCACUCUCACUCGGAGCCAGAUAAUAGUUCCUCAGGGAAGGAUAUGAAGGUGAAUAAGGAAGAUGAUGAUUUGGUGUACAAGAACAGUCAAGUAAGAGAGGGACACCCCAUCCCAGAAACAGGUGCUGUGUUGCCCCUCGCUUUAGGCUUGGCCAUCACUGCUUUGCUGCUUUUUAUGGUUGCUUGCCGACUGCGUUUGGUGAGGCAGAAACUUAAAAAAGCCCGUCCCAUUACAUCUGAGGAGUCUGACUACCUCAUAAAUGGGAUGUACCUAUAAUAAAUGUGAUUCAAGUGGCUGAAAGUCUCAUUUACUUAUUUCCACCUAUGUUCAAUUCUCCAGUAAAUCAACAUCUCUACUGAAGUUGUGUGAAGAGCUACUGAGAAUUUUUUUUUUUUUUAAAGAUUCACCAAUUCAGGAAAUUUUUUAUUCCAGCUCAUAGUAGUGGGAUGGACCACCUAAGACCAUUAUUGAAAUUUGAAAUAUACAUACAUUUAUAAUGAUCAAAAUCAAUUUUAAGGCAGAUAGAUGUGCCAGAAAUUAUAUACAUGGUAUUGGUCAUCUGUUGCAAAGUAUGCUGCAUCACAGAAAGAAGGCCAUUGGGAGUCAGUGUUUAAAUUUUUACCUCACUUAUUGAUCCUCAGAUAUUGUUUGGCAGAUGUCCUAUAGUUAGAGGUAAAAGAGAAUAGGGUGGGAAAAGGCAGAGAACAAUUGACACAGAAAUGGGGGGGAGAGGGCAGUAAGAAUGUUAAUUCUUUGCAGUUGGUUCCGUAUCCCUCUAGACUGUAAGCUCAUUUUUGUGUUUUUUUUAAACGGUAUUUGUAAAGUGCUUACUAUGUGCCAGGCACUGUACUAAGCGCUGGGAGAGGUAGGCACAAGCUAAUCAGUUUGGACACCAUCCAUAACCUACAUGGGUGUCUCAGCCAAUCCCCAUUUAGCAGACGAGGGAAUUGAGGCUUAGAGAACCUAAGUGACUUGCCCACGGUCACAUAGCAGACUUUGUUGUGGGCAGGGAAUGUGUCAGCCAACUCUGUUGUGUUGUACCCAAGCACCUCGUACAGUGCUCUGCACAAAGUAAGCAGUGAAUAAAUAACACUGAUCGAUUAUCAAGACUCACCUAAAAGAGAACUAAAAGCCUUUUUAUAUACUCACUGAGGUGCAGUAGAAUUCAUUGGUGACCAAAGACAGAUAAUUCAGUUAAAAACACCUACUCGUUUGGAGAAACAUCUGUCAUAUUUUGAUAAGUUGCUUCUCCAAACAAGCUAUUUUAUUUGAAUAAGAAGUUUCUUAAGAAAUGUAAAGUUCUUGAAAUAUAAUCUACUGUUUGUUAGAGCCCACACAUUUCCCCCUAGGAAUGAACAUCUUCAGCAGGAAAUCUAUUGCCCAACACCAAAUUUGAAUGCUUGAAGCCCCCAUGGACAAAUCUAUACCUCAUUACAGACUUUUGACCUUUUCCUCAAAUUUUCCCCAAGUUUUACCAGUCUAGCUCUUCAUUCUAGAUUUAUAGCCUUCUGAAUGACAUAUUUAAUGGUCUUUUAAUCUUCUCAGCACCAGGCUAAACUUGCAAAACAGGCACUAGUGGAGAGGGUAACAAAUGGAAAUGUGGCAGAUCAUAAAAGGGCUUUGAUAAAACUAUUUAGAAAAUGGUGUUUUUCUCAGCUAAUAUAAGACUGGAUGACCCUUUAUCAAAGCAUUUAAGAGGAUGAAGUACAUCAAACUUUCAAUAUUCUGCAUAAUGAAUGAGAAGAUAUUUUCAAACUCCCCAAAUCAGUGCUGCUUCUGCAGCUAUGAGCUUGAUACUCCAGGCAAAAUUUUAGCUUCACCCAAAUGAGACAUCAUGUCUGCUUCCUGAGAAAGUCAAGAUUCUUGAUAAUUGAGCUUAUAGCACUGAGAAAAGUUCCUGAGCUUCUCUGCAGGGGCCACUGUUAAAUUAAAGCAAUUAACUAUGUGUGAAUGCAUUAAGAUGUGUACAGUAGUGUUACGUGGUAAUAUGCAGUUUUUGUUUCUUUUCGUGUGUAAGAGCAUUAUCUGUAGACAUACCCAAUAAAAUCAAGAGAGAUUGAGGCUUAUGUCUUUUUGUAUGUCAUCUUUUGUACUUCAAGGAAUUAAAGUCAGUGGUGUACAAAUUCUUAUAAACUAAGAAGUCCAGUGUUGGUACUCUGUGUAAAAUUAACUCCAAUAAACCCUAUUUUGUUCUUAAAA